AUGGCUGCCAUAAUGAAUAAGAUAACAAAUUUUAUUCACAGUUACUAUAUUUUAUCACCUGAUCAAGAAUUAGACUUGCUACGAAAUUUAGCUAUUGGUAUGUUCGGCCUUGGUGCUUGCACCUUACCUAGCCUAAUGUUUCUGACAGCACCGUAUGGAAGAUAUACUCGUGAUGGCUUUGGAUACACCAUUAAUGGCAAGCUAAUGUGGUUUAUACAGGAAAUGCCUUCUCUUUUGAUACCGAUUAUCAUGCUAUUUGAGGACGAUGCCGACCAAAUACAUAACUUACCAAAUCGCAUCCUGCUAGGACAAUUUUUACUUCAUUAUACUCAAAGAACAUUAAUUUUCCCUUUCCUGUUACGUGGAGGCAAGCCGACUCCGGCAAUGGUUGGGCUUAUGGCUACCUGCUUUUGCAUUUAUAAUGGUUAUUUGCAAGGAAGAUACUUAACAGCGUUUGCAGUAUACGAUAGAUCAUGGCUAGCUGACCCAAGAUUUAUCAUUGGUGGCAUGUUUGAAUAUGUAUCAGGCGCCAAUUUUUUUGGUGAAAUGCUGGAAUGGUUUGGUUUUUCCGUUGCCUGUUGGUCUUUACCAGCAGCUGCAUUUGCGUUUUUCGCUGCCUCCAACAUUGGACCUCGAGCUUACCAUCAUCACAGGUAUUAUCAAAAGAAAUUUGACGAUUACCCAAAAGAACGUAAAGCGAUCAUUCCCUUCAUCUUUUAA